AUUCUGUAGACCGUGCUCGAAGGCCUCAUCCACAGGAGCCUCAGUAUUCCUUACUAGUAAGCCUUCAGAAGUCACUGAUAAGGAUCUCGGAGUCUAGGUCAUCAGUCUCGUUCCCAUCCGCGUCAAUCCUGUAAAGUUAAGCUCAACCGUGGAGACGCUGCCCCUUAUCCCCACUUCUAUAAGCCACGGCAAAGGGAAAUCGACGCUCGCGGAUCCCAUCCUACCGUUUCUCCCGACAAAGACACCAUGAGGCUCAGCGCUCUCUACCUGGCACUUCAUAGCUCGGCGCUCACCCUGGCCGCAAGCCUUUUGGAGACUAGGCAAACGACGCCGCUAACGCAGUACAUUGUCGAGAAUCAGUGCCCGAGCGCCAUCAACCUCUUCAUCGCCGGCCAACUGGAUAGCUCUAUUCCGAGCCAAGGGAAUACCACGAAAUUCCUUCCAGCGAAUGCAGGGUUCUUCUACACCGAUGCUAAUGGGGGAAAUUCGAACGGACUCCGGACCCUGCGAGCUGGGUUUUAUGGAGAGCAAUUCUAUUACUACAUGGUCAAGGAUCCAGACUAUGUGAACGUCGGGAUGAAUGUUGCUCCCCAAGGUGUUCCUUCGCGACAAGGCUAUUGUGUCUCCGUCGGAUGUUCAGACGUCAAUUGCCCAACGGCGUUCUCAUCCCCGCCCACCAGAUUCCCCCCUUCGGGGAGCACUGCGCCUAACCCGCCGUUUUACCAAUGUCCGAUUGCCAAUACCACUUAUCGCAUUACCUUCUGCCCUGGCGGACAAUGGCCAGGCCCAGAAACCUGGCGUAUUCACCCAGGAUUUAAUACCGCCAAAUGUUUGGACGUCCGUGGGGCGGUAUUCUCCAAUGGGACUCCAGUUCAAAUAUACGAUUGCAACGGGACCGCUGCCCAAAAUUGGAUCCUGAACCGAGGCGCGACCAGCAUUCGGCUCAAUGGGACCAACUUUUGUCUUGACGCCGGCUCGAAUCCCGCGAAUGGAGUCGGCAUGAAGAUUUGGCAAUGCUACGAUAACCUCCCAGCUCAGCAGUGGUUCUACAGAGACGAUAAUCGCAUUACCCUGCAGAAUCAAGGUCGGUCUUCAAUCAUUCUUAUCUGCGGCGUUGCACCCUGA